AUGGAUCUUACAGGCAUCCCAACGCCAUGCUUAGACUGGACAUCGACAAAUUUAGUCGAUAGCUGGAAAAAGUUUCAACAGCACGUGCAACUCAUCUUCGACGGUCCCUUGAAGGAGAAAGACGAGACUGUCAAGAUAAGUUAUUUACUUAUUUGGGUAGGCGACAAGGGUCGCGAUGUGUAUAAUACUUGGAAUUUGACGAACGACGAAAAGAAGAAGCUAGAUACGUACUACAAACGUUUUAAGGCAUACGUUCAGCCUAAGCUUAACCCAGUGUUUAGCAGAUUUAAGUUUUAUAAUGAAGUUCAAGGUCAACAAUCUAUUGAACAAUUCGUCACCAGACUUCAUCUGUUAGCUAAAGAUUGUCAGUAUAACGAUACAGACGAAAUGAUCCGAGAUAGGAUUGUGUUUGGGACAAAUUCUGCCAAGAUUCGUGAGAAACUUAUUAAUGAAGGGGAAAAGUUAACUCUGGAUAAAGCCAUCCAAAUCGCCCAAAACUAUGAAUACUCGCAAGAGCAGCUUAAGUCAAUGGGCACCACAUCACAGGAAGUUCAUGCUGUUACAUCUAGGCCAGGAAAUCGCGAUUCCCACAGGACGUCCAAGACCGGACAUGGCACCAGCCAACCCGUACCAAGACCGUAUAGUGACACAAGCACAAGCCAUGCGUCCAGUAAACCCGUACAUGUUUGUCCAAACUGUGGAUACAAACAUAACAAAAAGGAAAGGUGUCCUGCGUAUGGGAAAACCUGCAAGCUUUGCAAUAAACGAAACCAUUUCGCCAAAGUUUGCCGUAGCAAGAAAGUUCAUGAAGUUCGUGAGCCAACUGGAGCAGAUUAUCCUUUACACAGCUCUAAUGACAAUUUUACUGAUUUGUUUGUUGAUUGUAUCAGUGUAGUUCAUGCUCUUAACAAACUUGAUGUUUUGUAUGAACAAAAUCAAGCAUUUACACAUGUCACAUUAGGUCCAAAUAAUGUACCAGUCAAAUGUAAGCUUGACACUGGCUCACAAGUUAAUGUGAUACCAAUUUCUACUUAUAAACAACUGGGUAUUGCUGAUCAAUUGAGUCCAUCAUCUGAUUUGUCGGGUUAUGCAGGGUUCCCCGUUAGAACGCUGUUAUUGUAA